CAGGUGGUGGCAAUCAUCUCGAUCUUCUUCAUAAUCGCUUCGAUACUCACCUUCUGCCUGAAGACCCAUCCCUCUCUUCGAGUUCCAUCCCAACGACAACAACAAUACAACAAAAAACAACAACGACGGCCAUAUUUUAUGUUAGAAAAGAAAACGUUAGACCCACACGAUGCAUUUUUUUACGUGGAGUGCGUUUGUAACGCGUGGUUCACCUUCGAACUUAUCAUGAGGUUUCUAGUGAGUCCAGUUAAACUGGUUUUUCUGAGAGCUCCAGUGAACGUGGUAGAUUUUGUAGCAACUUUAUCUUUCUACUUAGACUUUCUGAUGACGAGGCUGAAGAAGGAAAAUGAUUUUUUAGAAUUUUUCAGCAUCAUAAGAAUUACAAGACUUUUCAAACUGACAAGACACUCGCCAGGGCUCAAAAUUCUCAUCCAUACGUUCAAAGCCAGUGCCCACGAACUAAUGCUCCUAAUCUUCUUCCUUAUUAUCGGCAUCGUCAUUUUCGCAUCCCUGGUCUACUAUGCCGAAAGAAUACAGUACAACCCCGACAACAACUUCACUUCAAUACCUGUAGGUUUGUGGUGGGCCAUCGUCACAAUGACAACAGUAGGUUAUGGUGAUAUGACUCCGAAAACAUACUUAGGAAUGUUUGUUGGGUCGUUGUGUGCUCUCACCGGGGUGCUAACCAUUGCCCUGCCUGUCCCUGUCAUCGUCAGCAACUUCGCACUCUUCUACUCGCACACGCAGGCCAGGGCGAAACUGCCCAAGAAACGAAGGCGAGUCCUGCCAGUGGAGGCAGUGAGGCCA